UCUCUCUCUCUCUCUCUUCUGAAAACGCAGAAGAAAAAGCCCAUCGCUUUCUUCAUCGAUCGAUCAAAAAAUAUAUAUAUAUAUAUAUACAAACACACUUAUUUAUCAUUAAAUUCCAAAAAUCCAAUCUCUUGUUCAUUUCAUCUCUCUUGCAUUUCCUCGUUCCCUUCUCCUUUGGGGUUUUCAUUUGGAUUUUUGCUUACAUUUCUCAUUUUUCCUACUUUCAUCCACCUUUCUAUUUCUAUAAAUAUAAAUAAAUUAGUUUUCUUUCUUUUUCUGGCUGGUGAGUUUGUGUAGAAGAGUGUGAUGUAAAAAUGAUGGGGCUAAUUCAUCAAGGGAGGAGUUGAGAUUCAAAUGCUAUUGGUUUGGGAUUCUAAUGCACGGAUCUGCUGGUGGUCUGAUGGCCUCCAGCUCAAACAAGUCAACACAAAAGAAGCUUGUCAUCAAAUGUUUUGUUGCCUGAGAUCUAUUCCUAGAUUGAAAAGAUCUUUUAUGGGGUGAGAAGUAGGGGCGAAUAUGGUUGUGCGUUUCAAACAUUUAAGGACAUGGAGGAGACACGAGAUGAUGCAGGGCCAGCAGAGCAAGGGCCUUCUAAUGCAACAUGGUGGUCUUCAGAUUUUAUCGAAAAAUUGGGUUCUGUUUCUUUGGGUUCUCAUGAAGAGAGUUUGAGUAAUAGGGAGUCACCUAGAAAUUUUGAGCAAGAUGGAUUGUCAUCUCAGACAGCAUCACAGAUUUUGUGGAACACUGGAAUGCUUUCUGAGCCAAUUCCAAAUGGUUUCUAUUCUGUCAUUCCGGAUAAAAGGCUUAAGGAGAUGUUUGAUACUAUUCCUACAUUGGAGGAGUUUCAUGCUUUGGGUGGAGAAGGUUAUAGAGCUGAUAUCAUUCUUGUGGAUUUUGAGAAAGAUAAAAAAUUAUCUAUGCUGAAGCAGUUGAUUGCGGCACUGGUUAAAGGAUUGAACUCAAAUCCACCUGCAAUGAUUAAAAAGAUUGCCGGAUUGGUAUCUGAUUUUUAUAAACGUCCAACUGCGGAAAGUCCAGCAAAAGCUGCACUAGAAGAAACCUCUGACAUGUUUGAGAAUAGAAGCGUCCAGAUGCUGGGACAAAUAAAGCAUGGUUCAUGUCGUCCCCGGGCAAUUUUGUUUAAAGUUUUAGCAGAUACUGUAGGGCUUGAAAGUAGGCUCAUGGUGGGUUUGCCAAAUGAUGGCGCUGUUGAGUGUGCAGAUUCAUAUAAGCAUAUGUCUGUGAUAGUUGUGUUAAAUUCUGUGGAGCUACUGGUUGAUCUUAUGCGGUUUCCGGGUCAGUUGAUACCACGAUCAACGAAGGCUAUUUUUAUGACCCAUAUAUCAGCUGCAGGGGAGAGUGAUUCUGCUGAAAAUGACUCUUGUGAUUCACCAUUGGAGCCAAAUAGUCCUCUCUAUGGAUUUUCUGAUAGAGUUGACCCUGACAGCAGUGCUGAAAAAGAUGAGAACCUUCAGUUCCAUCGAAAAUUAGAUGGGUCUUCAAAUAUAACCGGUGCUUCAUUGCGAAAUAUGAUGCUACGAUCUUCUGCCUCGAUUGACAGGAAGUUAAGUCUGUCACAUAGUGAACCCAACAUCACAACUACAUUCGGGCGUCGUAGCCGAAGAAAGGUUGUUGCUGAACAGCGGACUGCCAGUUCGAGUCCAGAGCAUCCUUCUUUCCGAGCACGUGCAAGGUCCAUGCUAAGUGGUGAUAGGAAUCCCCUUAGAGAUUAUGCUGAUGACGUUGCUACAUCAAGCUGCAGAUCAGAUGGGGCAUCAACAUCAGAAGCUCGUAGAAUAAGAAGAAGAAGCAUUAGCAUGACUCCAGAGAUUGGUGAUGAUAUCGUAAGGGCUGUCAGAGCUAUGAAUGAAACAUUGAAGCAAAAUCGUCUUUUGCAAGAGCGCGGGGAAGAUAGGUCUUUCGCCCAUUCUUCAAAUAAUCAGAAUGAAAGUCCAGAUCUUCAGAAUGUACCAAAUUUCCAUCUUGAUGGCCAUGAUGACAUUACUGGUGGGAGGUCUGUAUUGUAUAACCUUUCCAGGGACCAAAUAAAGUCUCAAAAAGCAAUAUCGUUGCCAUCUUCUCCCCAUGACUAUAGAAGCCAAACUUCAGGGAGAAGUGGAGUUUCUGGAUAUGUAGCAAAUGAUGAAAUGGUUGCAACAUGGAAUAAAGUUCUUGAAUCUCCAUUGUUCAACAAUAACCCCUUAUUAGCUUAUCCCGAAUGGAAUAUUGAUUACUCUGAAUUAACUGUUGGAACUCGUGUAGGGAUAGGGUUUUUUGGAGAAGUUUUCCGCGGGCUAUGGAAUGGAACAGAUGUUGCAAUCAAGGUGUUUUUGGAGCAAGAUCUUACUGCAGAAAACAUGGAAGACUUCUGCAAUGAGAUAUCCAUUCUUAGCCGUCUUCGACAUCCUAAUGUUAUUUUGUUUUUGGGUGCAUGCACAAAACCACCCCGGUUGUCAAUGAUUACUGAAUACAUGGAAAUGGGAUCAUUAUACUUUUUAAUCCAUUUGAGUGGUCAGAAAAAGAGACUGAGCUGGCGGAGGAGACUGAAAAUGUUGCGUGAUAUCUGCAGGGGAUUGAUGUGUAUACAUCGGAUGAAAAUAGUUCAUCGUGACCUAAAAAGUGCAAAUUGCCUUGUGAAUAAGCACUGGACUGUGAAGAUAUGUGAUUUUGGGCUCUCAAGAAUAAUGACGAGCCGACCCAUGAGAGAUUCUGCGUCUGCAGGAACACCAGAAUGGAUGGCUCCGGAACUCAUUCGUAAUGAACCUUUCACUGAAAAAUGUGAUAUUUUUAGCCUUGGGGUGAUAAUGUGGGAGCUCUGUUUUCUAAACAGACCAUGGGAAGGUGUACCGCCAGAGAGGGUAGUUUAUGCUGUUGCGAAUGAAGGAUCACGGUUGGAGAUUCCUGAAGGUCCUCUUGGAAGGCUAAUUUCAGGUCUACCAUACAAAAAAUUUCAUGCAUUAUUCCAGAAAGUCAUUGUUGGGCAGAACCGGAAGAGCGGCCAAGUUGUGAGCAGAUACUUUCGCGCUUGCUGGAUUGCGAGUACUCUCUCUGCUGAUACAUUCUGUUUGUAUAGAAAACCUGGUAGAGGUGUUAACAAUGUGUUGUCGGCUUUUCAAGUUGUGUAACUGUAAUAAUUUUUCCGAUCAUUGUAAAAACAGAGUUUUUUCCUCUUCCUCUUCUGUUUUUUUUUUUUUAAAUUGAAUAUCCCUUUGCAGUUUUCAA